UAAUCAAAAAUGGACAAGUACGAGAAGCUCGAGAAGGUCGGCGAAGGAACCUACGGCAAAGUCUACAAAGCCGUCGAGAAAGACACCGGAAAGCUCGUCGCUUUAAAGAAAACCCGCCUCGAGAUGGACGAAGAAGGCAUACCGCCAACAGCUCUCCGCGAGAUCUCUCUCCUCCAGAUGCUCUCCCAGUCAAUCUACAUCGUCCGCCUCCUCUGCGUCGAACACGUCCUCCAAUCAAAAGACUCUUCUUCUUCUUCUCAAAAAUCCAACCUUUACCUCGUUUUCGAGUACCUCGACACGGAUCUCAAGAAGUUCGUCGAUUCGUAUAGGAAGGGCGCGAACCCGAGGCCGCUCGAGGCUGAUCUUGUGACGAGGUUUAUGUUUCAGCUUUGUAAAGGUGUGGCUCAUUGCCAUAGUCACGGCGUGCUUCACCGUGAUCUCAAGCCGCAGAACCUGCUUCUUGAUAAGGAGAGAGGGAUUUUAAAGAUUGCUGAUUUGGGUCUUGGUCGUGCUUUCACUGUUCCUUUGAAGUCUUAUACUCAUGAGAUUGUUACGCUUUGGUAUAGAGCUCCUGAGGUUCUUCUUGGCUCUACUCAUUACUCCACUGGUGUUGACAUGUGGUCUGUUGGAUGCAUCUUUGCGGAGAUGAUAAGGAGGCAAGCUCUUUUCCCUGGUGACUCCGAGUUUCAGCAACUGCUUCAUAUCUUCAGAUUGCUUGGAACACCAACUGAGAAGCAAUGGCCUGGUGUGAUGACUCUGCGUGACUGGCAUGUGUAUCCAAAGUGGGAGCCGCAAGACUUGUCAAGUGCUGUUCCUUCUCUAUCCCCUGAAGGGGUUGAUCUUCUCACGAAUAUGCUGAGGUACAAUCCAGCUGAAAGGAUUUCAGCAAAAGCGGCUCUUGACCAUCCUUACUUUGACAGCCUUGACAAAUCUCAGUUCUGAAGCUGAACUUGUCUGAACAAUCAUCCUCUGGCAAAAUUGCAAUCUUGUAUUACUGAUCAGGCUUCUGCUUGGAGUCUGGAAGUUGAUUCCUCAGCAUCAUCUUGGUGAUUUUACUUUUCUGGUGUUUGAGCGA